CUCAGUAAUUCUUCCAGACUACAGGCUCCACACACACGCCCCUUUCUCUGCUACUUCAGCGUAACUCAGAUGACAAUUUCUUCAUUGUGUAGAAGCAGGAACAGAGCCAGAGGCUGGCCUCAGAAAUCCAUCUGUUUGCUUGUUGUAUUUUCCUGGUGACGGGGGAAAAUCAACUGGGAGAAGUCACAAAACGCCAGGACCAGCCACCCCAAGUCCAGUUCAAUCCAGUAAGGAGGGAUGUGGGCUCAUGCUUUUGGGUUCUCUGCCUUGCCUCAUAUCGGGGGAAUUCUCGGCUGGCUCUUGACACGGAAGGAAGUGCCUACUUGGUUCGAAAGCCUGAAGAAACCCUCUUGGCGUCCACCCAACAAAAUGUUCCCCGUAGUGUGGACUACCCUGUACACAGGCAUGGGCUACGCUUCAUAUUUGGUGUGGAAUGACUUAGGUGGCUUCAACAGCAAAGCUGUCAUCCCGCUGGGCCUCUAUGGGGCUCAGCUUGCCUUGAACUGGGCUUGGACUCCCCUAUUCUUUGGCGCUCAUAAGCUAAAACUGGCUCUGGUGGACAUCCUGUGCCUAUAUGGCCUGGUGCUUGGCACCAUGUACUCUUGGUACCCCAUUAACAAGAUGGCAACAAUGCUGAUGGUGCCUUACCUGGCCUGGCUGACCUUGGCUUCUUCUCUCACCUUCUGCAUCUGGAGGGACAAUCCUGAGGAGGAAAAAGGAAAGAGUGACUAAGACAAAAAGAGGAGCUGGUGAAAUAAGGUCAUUCUAUGAAAUUAACCCAUCCUGAUGUGAUGUGGUGAACCAAGAGCUGAUAGCCUGGGGGUGGCUAAUUUUAUUAAGAUGGACAUCUGAACAUACAUAUUAUUUGCAUAGGGCGGAUGGGGAAAAUUUUGCACAAUGCAAUGGGAUGUCCCUUUAAGGCUACCAUAUACCUUUAACCUGAGAACCCCUGCCUCUCUCUUUCUCCAACAAUGCUGGGGUUUUGGGGUCACAGCUGUAUGGUGGCCUUAUAGGGACACUAACAGGUUAAAUCUCAUAGGCCAAUUUCUGCUCUGUUAUGCCACUAUAAAUUCAGAGUCACUCCACUGAAGACAAU